UGAGAACAGCUGUUCGUUGUCUUUUCUGCCUGCUGUGAUCAUGGAAGGAAAAUGUCAAAAUUCCGAUUUCGAUGCAAAGUGUUUGUUAGCACAGUUGAAUACAGCAAGAAAAGAGAUUAACAAUUUGAGACAACAAAUAAGGAGUCUGCGUUACGUACAUGAAAAAGAUGUUGAGAGUAUAAAACGUUUGUUGGGGUCCUGCAAAGCAGAAGAACAUUUCUCUACACCAAAUUGCAGUGUCCCCAAAGCGGUACAGCCAAGUACAAGUAAUGACUUAGAAGAAUGCCUGAAACUAAAACCGAUUGGUGUCAUUUCUACCUGGUUUCCCAGCAAAAGAGGAACACCUAGGCAACCCGGGAUUUGUGACACAGCACCAGGAAAACUAACGCUGUUCAAUUCUGUUUUUACUAAUCCUGAACAUGCUCUUGAAGGCCUGCAAGAUUUCUCCCACAUGUGGAUACUCUUUCAUUUCCAUAAAAACGAUUCAACACACGUACGUGCUAAAGUGGCACCGCCUAGAUUAAAUGGUGUUCGGACAGGGGUGUUUUCAACAAGAUCGCCGCAUCGUCCUUCUCCGAUUGGUCUGAGUCUUGUUAAGAUAAUAAAAAUAGAGAAUUGCACUAUUUUUUUCGAGGGUGUUGACAUGGUGGAUCAGACCCCGGUGUUGGAUGUCAAACCAUAUAUACCACAGUAUGAUAAUCCAUUGCAUGUUGAAAAGUAUGGGGUGAGAGAUAUUGAAAGUAGUUUAGUAGACAGGGAAUUGUUGGGAAACAUUGAAGACAGACUAAGAAAUGGCACAAUCUGCAACAUAGAGGGAAAAGAAAGAUUAACCAAUCAAAGUCAUUCAUCUGAAAUUACCAAUGGCUUGAGAACCACAUUACAUGAAUCUCACCAUGGAAACACCGAUGGAGCUGCUCAAGGUACAGAUAUAUCUAGGGAUGAGGAAAUUGCAUUAAGAUUACAAGCAGAAGAGUUUGAUGGUCACGCAGAGUUUGGAAAUUAUUUAGACUCACGGAACUACUAUCGAACAAAUGAUAGAAAUCUAGAUAUUGAUACCAGCUUUGAAAAUGGCAGGGGCAAUGUGUAUAGUACUGGCAGCUUAGAAACUAUCAGAGAGCUAUCUAAUGGGCUAAGCUCGGAUUUGAGCUUGUAUGAAGAGAGAGACUUGACAAAUUCAGAAAUUGCCACGCAAAGUUCUGUAGAUGAUGCUCGUAAUUCCGCUAUGACAGACAUUAACAUUUCAAGCUCAAGAAAUAAUGGUAUUAUUGCUAGAACCUUGGAACUAGACAAUGAAAACAUGGUUUAUAGUCUACAGCACGUCGACUUGAAUUCCCAAGACAACAGAACAAUAGCAUUCAAUUCCAGAAAUAUUGAGGUCAAUAACCCAAAUGAUCAGAUAUCAAGAAACACUCGCUUACUGGACGGUGCAGAUGGACCAAGUACCUACAUAGAUUUGAUUCAUAGGCGUGCGGUGAAUCCGAGACCAGAUAAUUCACCAGUUCGAAUGGGUGUUCGAGAAGCUCCUGAUGGAGAGGAAGGUUUUACUGCCCAAAACCUGACUCCAUCGCAAACCUUGCCAAAUAUCCAAGGUGUAGCGGCUUCUGGCAUCUCACAAAAUGUCGGUGCCACCCAAAAUAUUAGGACUGAAAGUAGAAGCCAAAACGUGGGUUAUGAUGAUAAUCCUUCAGAUGUUAGGAUACCUGAUUGGAUAUCGAGACCACGUGUAUCUGCGUUAACUGUAACAUUCAACGAACGAGCAUUGAUACAGUUGAACGAAAUUUUAGGGGAUAAGGCUGAUCAACAGAAACAAGCUAUAGUAAAUGUUUUGUGUCAAGAUCCUAGGUCAGUUUACUUAAGGCAGCGAUGGGCUAAUCAAUUUUACACAUUUCUGAUUCAUGAAUUGCAUAUCAGCUGUAGAUUUGAUGACAACAGGCACGUUGUUACCGUUUUCCAAAUUCGCCAUGCAGGAAGAAUGUGCGAAUGUGGAGAGCCAGAGUGGCAAUGCUUAGGUCAUUCCCCCUUAACGUAAUGAUUUUUCUAUUUACUAUGCUUUGAUUGAUAAAACCCAAAGACAUAUGGUGUGCAUGGGCAAUAUAGCCCAAUUUAUCUCGAUGUAUUAGUAAAGUAAAGAAGGAAAAAUAGCAUCAUUUUGACAAGUUUAUGCAAUUUAACUGGAUAACAUAACUUAAACGUCAAUUUAAAUAAGGUUUUUAAUUCUCCGUCAUUCAAGACGAUACAUUGAACUGACUACGGGCAUUUCUAAAUACGCUGUUUUAUUUACUGCAAUAUUGAGUAUUAGCAUGCUCGUAAUACCUAGCUGAUUGUAGCUCAUUUUUCUCUUAGACAAAGAAUUACCUGUAGCAACUAUGAAAGCGUUGAGAAUAUUGAUGAUUGAUUAAACCUAUACAUUUCAUAUACAUAUAGAUUAAGGCAUUAUUGUAUGGAGGAUCUAGCUUUUUUUACGUUUUUGUAACCAAUUAAAACUUACAUUAAUUUUCCUAACAUCUGGCACAAUGGUCUCAGCUUGCAUCCAUUCUGGCUGGUAUUGAUGGGUACGUACAUGAACACAGCUAGGUAUGUCGGCGAUCAAGGAGUGUACCUAAUAACUAAAAUUCAUUGGGAUUAAUUAAAAGUUAACAGUUCCUAUAGAUUUAUUUUAGAAUAUGUUUGCACUAUUUCUUUCUAUCUAACUAAUUAGAUAAAUUCCAAAAUUUGAUAAAAUAUUCGAAGCUUUCAGAACGGAAAAAACUAAUCAACAUCAUAUGGUGUACCUUUAGCACAACUAUGAAUGAUGCAUGAUGUUCAUACGCAACAGUAAGCUUUUAGACGUACUAAUCCGUCAUUUACUAUGUAUCAAUUUAAGAGCAAAUACAUAGAAUUCUGCAAUAAUACAAGUAUUUAUGAAAUUUGUGUCCAUUGCUUCAUUGAACCCAUGUCGGAUGCCAGAGUUCGGAAACUAAUUGGAAGA